AUGCCUCCCUCUCAUGCACCGUACGGCAAAUGGACAAGCCCACUCACCGCGGACCGGUUGUCAACUGACAGCAUUUCGCUGCACGAAGUAGUCGUUGAUGAGUCAACUGGUGCUAUUUACUCGGUGGAGUGUCACCCUACCGAAGGUGGUCGCUUUGCAAUCAUCCAACAUCUCAACGGACAAAGCCGGGACGUCUUACCAAGAGAUUACAGUGCACAUGCAACGGUGCAGGAGCUUGGAGGCGGCUCCAUCUUGAUGAGGCCGGAUGGAAGAGUUCUCUUCUCAGACGAGAAAUCUUGCAGUCUGUAUUUAUUAGAUCCGGCAUCAAGUGAAGUCGUUCUCGUGCAUUCGACAGUCCAGGGCGUUCGAUAUGCCGAUUUCUGCAAUCAUCCCGUCGAUACGCAGUGGGUGCUUGCAAUCAAAGAAGACCACCGAGAUGCGACCCCUGAGACCCAGGCAACCGACGUGCACAACACUUUGGUGGCGAUUGACAUUCUCUCUGAUACAGAAGUCACCAUUGCUCAGGGCGAUGACUUCUAUUCGCAUCCUAAGUUUGAUCCGUCAGGCAAACAUGUCUCAUGGAUCCAAUGGACUCAUCCUGACAUGCCCUGGACAGGAACUGUGCUUUACGUAGCCGAGUGGGCGGGUGGAUGUCUGAGGAAUAUAACCAAGGUCGCUGGGGAGUACCAGAAAGAAAGCAUCGCUCAGCCGAAAUGGGGGCUGGAUGGAGCACUGUACUUUGCAUCCGAUCGUACGGGCUAUCUGCAGCUGUACUCAUAUAACGUACACGAUACUUCCGUUCGCGCUCUAUAUCUGGAGGGCCUGGCGAAUGCAGACUUCGCCGCUGCCGAGUGGGAGCUGGGCAGUUCCACCUAUAUAUCACUCGACGAAAAGACUAUGGUGGCGACGGCUAUUACUCAUGCCACCAGUGAGCUUGUUCUUAUCGACAUCCCCACAUUGUCGGUCAAAAAGCUGGGGCUUCAGUACGUGGACAUCGGAGUUCGUGCCAAUGGUAUUUUCCGCGCUUCAUCCAGCUCCUUCGUUGUCGUCGGCGCCUCAACGAAGUCUCCCCAGGAACUCAGUUUGAUUUCGCUUACCUCUUCAUUUGAACCGAUUACAACCGUCCUGAAAUCAACAGCAUCAUUCAACCUGGCACCAGAUUACGUUUCUGCCGCGAAAGAAUACACUGCCCCUCAGAAGUACGGUCCUAGAUGUGACGGAAACGUACACAUGUUCUACUUCCCCCCUUGCAAUCCCGAGUUCGAGUGCGACGGACAUCUUCCACCUCUUUUAGUGUACGUCCACGGCGGACCAAAUGGAUGUGUCACUCCCGCGCUGAACCUAGAAAUCCAAUACUGGACCACGCGCGGAUUCGCCGUCUGUGCCCUCAACUAUACCGGUUCGACCGGUUUUGGGCGGGAAUACCGAGAACGACUUUCCGGGUACUGGGGCCUCGUGGACACAGGCGAUGCAGUUAGUGCCGUGGAAUUUCUGGCUAAUGAAGGGUUGAUCGACAAAGCCCGCGUAGGGAUCUACGGCGGCAGUGCGGGUGGUUACCUUACGCUGCAGGCUCUGCACAUGUAUCCUGAUGUCUGGGCAGCAGGAGUCAGCUCCUACGGCAUCAGCGACGUGAGGGCACUCCAGGCUGAUUCUUAUAAGUUUGAGAGUCAGGAUGUGGACCGAUUACUAUUGAGCAAGACUGCAAAGGAAGACAGGGAGCAGGAGCUCACAAAUCGCAGCCCAUGCAAUUAUGCCCACAAAAUGAAGGCCCCACUGCUGUUGCUACAGGGGACGUCGGAUAUGGUGGUUCCCGUGGCCCAGGCAAGAAUGAUGGCUAACGCCAUGCGUGUGCAUGGACGUGUCGCGGAAGUGGUCGAAUUCGAGAAUGAAGGCCAUGGGUGGGUUGGCGAGAAGACCAUCUACGAGUCCUACAAGCGGAAGGAGGAUUGGUGGACACGCCAUUUAACUUGA